UUUGUACUUCUGCUUUUUAUUGUACUACAUGGGUCUGUGUGCUUGUUUGAUUGCAGAACACUUCUGAUCAGCAGCGGAGCGACUGUGUCUCACGCCCAGUUCAACUUUUAUACGGAAUAUUCUUUGUGGAAUUAUCCAGACAUCAUGUUUUUGCUUGAGACAGAGUCGCUGGACUGCACGAGUAACCUUUUUGAAAGCGGGUUCGCGGUGAAUGGAGGUUUGAAUGGUCCCGGACAGUCUCCUGCUCAUCUUGCGGCAUGCGGAGGGCAGGCUUUCUGCUUGCUUUGGCUGUUGCAAACCGGUGCUGAUGCAAACCAGCAGGACGCUAGUGGAGAGACACCGAUGCAUAAAGCAGCCAGAGCUGGCAGCUUGGAGUGCAUCAGUGUGCUGAUGGCAAGUGAUGCACAUUUUGACAUUUGCAACAACGGUGGACAGACAGCCGAAGAUAUUGCUAGGUCUUGUGGGUUUGAGGAGUGCGGGAGGUUUUUGAACAUGCAUCGCAGAACACGAGCCUUAAAGAACGCUUCAUCAUCCUUCUCUGAACAGCACAUACUGAGCAGCUCUCACGCAGGACAGAAGAGAGGCCGUGAAUGCUCCAGUUCUCAAGACGGAAAGAAAGCACGGGACUGGUGAUGAAUGUUCUCAGAGAGAGAGAAUUUGAAGUAACAUAUAGACUGUUAAACCAUUGCUGGUGUGAAUGGUAAGCAGAAGUAUCAGUAUGUGGACAUUUGGUAUGGAGCCUCAGCAGUCAAGAUAAAUUGACACUGUUCUGGGUUCAGUGAUUUGGAGUCUUAAGUAUAAUAGUAAUGACUGACACUAGUACUCCAGAACAGUUCGGAGCCACGCUCCAUAAAUAUACCUGCAAUCAUAGAGCAGAAAGGAAUCAAGGAAAAAGGAGAUAAUUUUAACUUAAAAUUUAACUUGGAUCACGUGUUGUGAACCAAUCACAUAAAAACCCUGAUGGCACUGAAAUACUUUCAGAGUUUUAUGACGCUGUGUAUAUAUGUGAAUGCAAUGAGCAAAAGAGAAAAAAGCUGACUUCCUGCCAAGCUUGGCUAAUCAAGAAUUUCUUAAUAAGGCAAAAUUAGUUAAGUAGAGGUUCAAGUCUCCCCGCAAAGGUCUCGGAGAAAAGUCAGACUUUGCAAUAAUCAAUGAAUAAGAAAACAUUUGCCGUUUUAAGAAGAUAUUUUAGCUGCUGUUUCUUUUUUUUUUUUCGUUCUUAUCUUAUGUAAAUGGUUCAAAUAUAUCUUGUGAAUUUAAUGUAUGAUGAACUGGUAAAAGUCUUGAGGAUAUGUCGUCUUUAAUAUCAUCCGUUUUUAGCUUGACUGAAAAUCAUACGUGAUGUUUCUGAAAUGAAAGUAACCUUAAGCGUGGCUGAGAACGGCUGUUAAAAUAGGCAUAGACGUUUAAAACUGUUUGAGGACAAUGAAUAAUAAAUCACUUUUUU